UUGACAGCUCCGGGACCGGCCUGGCCUGCGACUCGGUGAUUUGGAGCAUGUGAAGAGACUCUGAGUCUUGAUGAGUUCCAGUAUGUGGUAUAUUAUGCAGAGCAUUCAGAGCAAAUACUCUCUCUCAGAGCGCUUGAUCCGGACGAUCGCUGCCAUUCGUUCCUUCCCACACGAUAAUGUAGAGGAUCUCAUCAGAGGGGGAGCAGAUGUGAAUUGUACUCAUGGGACACUGAAGCCCCUGCAUUGUGCCUGCAUGGUCUCAGACGCUGACUGUGUGGAGUUACUCCUGGAAAAAGGAGCUGAGGUCAAUGCCCUGGACGGCUACAAUCGCACGGCCCUCCACUAUGCCGCUGAGAAAGAUGAGGCCUGUGUGGAAGUCCUGCUGGAGUAUGGAGCGAACCCCAACGCCCUGGAUGGCAACCGGGAUACCCCACUGCACUGGGCAGCCUUUAAGAACAACGCCGAGUGUGUGCGGGCCCUCCUGGAGAGCGGAGCCUCUGUCAACGCCCGGGAUUACAACAACGACACCCCGCUCAGCUGGGCCGCCAUGAAGGGGAACCUGGAGAGCGUCAGUGUCCUCCUGGACUAUGGUGCAGAGGCCAAGGUCAUCAACCUGAAAGGCCAGACGCCCAUCUCCCGCUUGGUAGCUCUACUCGUCAGGGGACUGGGAACAGAGAAGGAGGACUCUUGCUUCGAGCUCCUCCACAGAGCCGUGGGACACUUCGACUUAAGGAAAAAUGGCAUCAUGCCCCGAGAAGUGGCCAGAGACCAGCAGCUCUGUGAGAAACUGACUGUCCUGUGCUCGGUCCCAGGGACCCUAAAGACACUGUCCCGCUAUGCUGUGCGCCGGAGCCUGGGCCUCCAGUACCUGCCAGACGCAGUGAAGGGCCUUCCACUGCCAGCCUCUCUGAAGGAGUACCUGCUGCUUCUAGAAUAGCCUGGAAGGACGCUCGUGCCAUCAGCUCUCAGUGAGGGUCCCCUGAGUCCCAUCUCCGUCUUGGAAAACCAGAAACGUGGAUGUUCUCGAAUGGUUUACAUUCAACACAUCACAACCGUACCCACCGCACCAUCUCUCCUCCCCAAACCAAGCAACCAAACAAAAGAAAUCCCUCACUUUGGUUUUCUGUUGAUUGCUUUUUAUAUUGUAUCCUGCAAAGGAAUAGGUUCCUCCCCAUUUCCUCCUCUUCCCCUUCGGGGAAAAUGUCAGUAGUGCAGCUAAAUUUCUCUAGGAAAAUGAAAUACUUUGAAAAUGUGAGUUUGGUUUUCCUUUGGAGACAUGAGUAACAUUUCGGAACACUCCCUCUACAAGCAUUUUAAUUGAUCUGUGAGAAAAUGGGAGAAUCCAGUUAGUAGUUGCAGCCCAAAGAGGGAGCCCCUACCCCUCAAAGGUGCGCUUUCAAAAUUGGACUGACUCUAGCGCCACACAUCAUGGUAAUCCCCUCUUUUCCAUGGGUGUGCCCGAGGGUUACAGCAGUCACUCGACAAUUUCAAAAAGAGAGCAAUCGUCUUGCUGUUUUCCUUAGAGAUAGGUUUGAAGCAGCCCUGAGACUACACAUAUUUAGAACUUCUGAUAUAGUUACUUCUCUUCAUAAUGCAAUACAUUUCUUGUAUUGCAUAUUGAAGAUGUGUGCUAGAUAAGACAGAUAGUCUGGGCUGUCUUUUUCCCAGGUGUCAUCUUCAUUACUUAUGGUAAGUUCAUUUUGCUAAGAGUUUGGAGUUACGUUUCUUUCAGUUAUUUUGGAAUCUUUGUUUUCACUGAUUUAUAUGCAUGGUAAAGAGGGUGGAGUUGGGGAGAGGGAGAAAAGCAUUUAAUGAGCUUCUUUUGAGAUGGCCUGCUUACCCAAAAGAUUAGUUUUAGUGAACACAAAAAUACUCUUCCUUUUCAUGUUCUUAAAUUAGAUCAAGUUGUUAUUGCUCUUAAGUGAUCUAUAUGCAAAUUUGAAGUCUUUUCCAAAAAAUUGACUAGGAAAUAUAUUUUAAAAAGAAUCUGCUGACAGCGAAUUUGGAAAGUGUGUUUCCUCUUGCCCUUUGAUGUUGGUGUUUUUGCUCACUUUUAAAAAUAGAAAUAAAUAGUUCUAAAAGCAA